AUGCAGUGGCCAAAAUUCAGUGCUUUUGUAGGGAGGAUUUUGUUCUUUUGGCUGAAACUUGUUUCAAGAGCUUUGGGGCAUUAUCCACCAGCUCAUUGUUCUGUUGGCAAUUCAAACGUAGAGCCUCUAAUCGUUGUGCACAUGUUAUUGUCACAUGUCAAGGCUGUUAAGCUAUACCGAGAACAUUUUCAGGUUACAGGACAAAUCUUGAACCAUUAUGACACUUGGUUUUUACCUCUAGGCUGCAACAUUGUAGUAAACAUUGCUCUUCAAUAUUACAUGAAUAAGUUAUCAUUAAGCAGGGCAAUAGAUCCUUUAGUCUUUGGAGAUUACCCUCCCGAAAUGCGCCAAUACCAUGGGAGUGCACUGCCAAGGUUUUCCCCUGAAGAAACUGAGUAUGUGAAAGGCAGUAUUGAUUUUAUUGGCCUUAAUCAUUAUUCAACAUUAUAUGCCAAUUACUGCAUCCAUUCUCCUUGCAUCUUAGGUGGAGAUCAUUUCAUCUGACGUUUUGCAUACACAACUGGAGAAUGAGAUGGCAUUCUAAUUGGUGAACCAGUAAUUCCUUCUCUUUGCUGUUUAAUAGCAGACUGGUGUUGAAAGAUUUUAUGUGUUCCAAGGGGCAUGGAGAAGAUUGUUGAUUAUGUUUGUAAAAGAUACAACAACAUGCCCAUUUAUAUAAUAGAUAAUGGUGAGUUGGGGAGCUAUACUUUUGUCAUUGGCGAUUUCUUUUAAAUCUUGCAAUUACGGUAUGUAAAUUUAUAAUUGUGGAUAGGAACACUAUAGGGGUUUAAGUUUUUAGUGACGUUUUUCUUUUUUUAAUGUUUAGCGGCGUUUAUAAAUGCCACUAAAAAUUUGCAACGUUUGCGAAAAACGUCAGUCAGAGUGCUGACUAUACAUGUGUCAUAAAAAAUAGCGACGUUUUCUAUAAAACAUAUGAAAAAUACCGCUAUAUUAGCUGCAUUUGCAUAUGGAAAACAUCGCUAUAUUAGCGACAUUUGUAUCUAGAAACGCUGCUAUUUUAACAACAUUUGUAUCUUUGAGACACCGCUAAUUUAGUAGUGUUUUUAUCAUAAAAACGUCAUUAAUUUGGUGGCAUUUGUAUAAAAAUAAA